AUGGACGCUGCAGCCCGACAGGCCGUCAAUCUCAACGUGCUGAGGCGGCACGAUCCCGCCAUAUCCGCCAUCGUCGACACCUCCAGCCAUGUCGUCGUCUACAACUUUGACUCGGCAACCGAGACAUGGAAAAAAGUGGGUAUCGAGGGAACCAUGUUCCUAUUCCGAAAAGAGUCCCUCAACCGCUACGGCAUUUUUGUCAUGAAUCGUCUCAGCACCGACAACCACAAUGAAGAGCUCAACUCGGAAAUGGAGAUCCAAGUCAUGGGCGACUACGUCAUAUAUCGUACCCUGGACGACAAAGUCGUCGGUCUGUGGAUAUACGAAGCCUCGGAUCGGGCUCGCAUCGCCAAGGAGCUGGAAAAGUGGGUAGUCGCCGCAAGGCAGAUGGGGGCGCAAUGUCUCCAGCAAUCAUGGAUUCAAUUCGAUGUGUUUUCCAGACAUCUUGCGGUGUUCAUUAUUUGCGCUCUCGCAGAAGAUCUGUUGCAGAGUGUGGAUACGGACAGAGUUCCGUCCAGCGUCUCAGCUACUUGCAUGCUUGCCCGGUUUCGUCCUGACCCUCCUGUUUCGGCACAUUGGUUCCUAAAGGUAUAGUCGCUUG